GUCAAAUUAAUAAUAACAGAGCAGAAAAAGUAAUUCUGCAGUAGCCCGAUAUCAUUCUCCCACGUUUUGGCCUUCGUGAUUUGUUGAUAUUGAACAUACCGCGACCGUACUGGUGUACGACGAUAUCUUCACUUUUCGCCGGAAGUUUAAGCACGCCAUGGUAAUGUUGCGAUCCGUGCUAUCAUCUGCCCGACGCAUUCCGUUGAUCAAGUUCCGCAAGGGAGGCCCCUUUUUGGACACGGUCGGCCAAACUGCCGGUGGAGCAACCGGCUCGGCAGCAGCAGCAGCACCGGCGCAUGCACGGUCCGUGUCGUCCGGAGAAGCGAUCGAGGAAUGGCAGCUGCCGGCGCGCUACCGUAGGAAACCUAUCGAUGACGUCGAGAUGGAAUGGAUCAACCGCGGAGGACCGCCAGCUUAAAGUGAUCACCACCAAGAACGGCGCUCCCUUCCUUUUUGCACUUCCGGCCAAACGAAGGAGGGAUCAUGCGUUCUCUAGUCUUGUGAAGCAAGCGCAAACAAAAUCAUUUAUGUGUAGGCGUAGGGACAAAGUCCGUUCCGGGGGAGUACAGCUUACCUUCGAUACGAGACCAGUGCUACUUUACAAAUCCAACCAACUUUCGUCUCUCAUCGGCUUACUUAUGUCUCUCAUCCCGACGGAAGUAGUCUCACGAUAUCCUAUAAAUUUUAACUGAAAUAUCCUCCACCGGAACCGGUUGGUGAAGGACCUUGUAAAUCGAUAUAAAUCGCAGCGCGAAUAUUAUGCAUUCGACUGGGGCAGCUUUCUGUGGAUGGAGCGAUGGCGUGGCGGAUGCUGAAUAAAAAACAAAAAUAAAUAUUCUAUCGAUAUCAACAAUGGUGCUACUG